AUGGAAAAGUCUGAGUUUCGAGUUUUGAUCAAACACUCCUAUCUACGCAAGAACACAAUAUUCGAGACCAAGUCCAAGCUGGAUAAGUAUUACCCGGACUCUGCACCGUCGAUUGGAACGAUUCAUAAGUGGUUUACCGAGUUUCGUUGUGGCCGUGCGAGCACAGUUGAUGCUGAACGAUCUGGACGCCCAAAGGAGGUCACAGCACCAGAAAACGUCGAAAAAAUCCAUGAUAUGAUGUUGAAUGAUCCCAAAGUGAAAUUGAGAGAGGUUGCUAAUGCUAUAGGCAUGUCAUUGGAACGCGUGGGCAAUAUCGUGCAUUUAGUUUUGGGCAUGAAGAAGCUCUGCGCGCGAUGA